UUCUCUAGUCUUUUUCUUUACCUAACCUUCACAUUUGGGGCACUCCACCGUGAAUCCGAUUCAAAUCAAUGGCUCAGUUAACUCGCCGUUCGGCCAAGCUCCUAGAGCCCAUAUCCGCCGCCGUGUCCGCCACGCGCCACCUCACAACAUCCUCCACAUCACCAAUCACCGUUGAGACCUCCCUCCCGUUCACCGGCCACAAGAUCGACCCCCCCUCUCGCUCCGUCGAGACCACACCACAGGAGCUCCUGACCUUCUUCCGCGACAUGGCUCUGAUGCGCCGCAUGGAAAUCGCCGCCGAUUCGCUCUACAAGGCGAAACUGAUCCGCGGAUUCUGCCACCUGUACGACGGCCAGGAAGCCGUCUCCGUCGGGAUGGAGGCCGCGAUUACGAAGAAGGACUGCAUAAUCACCGCGUACAGGGAUCACUGCAUUUUUCUAGGGCGCGGGGGAACACUCUUCGAAACGUUCGCCGAGCUUAUGGGGAGGAAGGACGGUUGUUCUAAAGGAAAAGGAGGUUCGAUGCAUUUCUACAAAAAGGAUAGCGGGUUUUACGGCGGCCAUGGAAUUGUUGGGGCGCAGGUUCCGUUGGGUAUUGGGUUGUCUUUCGCCCAAAAGUAUAAUAAGGAUGAGAACGUUACUUUCGCGAUGUACGGAGACGGUGCUGCAAAUCAGGGUCAGCUGUUUGAAGCUUUGAACAUGGCCGCUCUUUGGGAUCUGCCCUCAAUUUUGGUUUGCGAAAACAAUCACUAUGGAAUGGGCACAGCAGAGUGGAGGUCAGCAAAGAGUCCCUCUUAUUUCAAGAGAGGAGAUUAUGCUCCGGGUUUGAAGGUUGAUGGAAUGGAUGCCCUUGCUGUGAAACAAGCAUGCAAGUUUGCAAAGGAGCAUGCCUUAAAGAAUGGCCCUAUUAUUCUAGAAAUGGAUACAUACAGGUACCAUGGACACUCCAUGUCUGAUCCUGGAAGCACAUACCGUACACGUGACGAGAUUAGUGGUGUUAGACAGGAGCGUGAUCCUAUUGAAAGAAUCAGAAAGCUUAUAAUAUCUCACGAUCUAGCCACCGAAAAGGAAUUGAAGGACACUGAGAAAGAAGUGAGGAAAGAGGUGGAUGAAGCCAUUGCAAAAGCUAAGGAGAGCCCGUUGCCUGAUGCUUCUGAGCUUUUCACCAAUGUACAUGUUAAAGGCUUUGGAGUUGAGGCUUUUGGAGCUGAUAGAAAAGAAUUGAGAGCUGUGCUUCCUUGAGCCGAAAACAUCAAGUAACCUUCCGUUCGUACUUUCCUCGAAAUAAAACAGAAACAUCGUUAAAAAAUUUACGUGUUUCUGUACAAGAAUCUUCAUAUUCUACUGAAAGCUCCUUCGAUUUUUUAGUAUUGAAUUUUUUUUUUUUUUUGGUUCAUUUUUUUUUUGGUGUGACAUAAUGUCAAUGUAAAAACUGCAGAUAUAACUUUGUGCAGCGAAACCACGAAACAUUAAACCUUAAAUUCGGAGGCAUAGGUUUUUGCCCCAGCCUCGUAUAUUCUUUUAUCAAUGGAUCAAUAUGUAUAGCACCACCAUUUGUUCUAUGUUGUAUUCGAUAAAUGUCA